AUGGCUCAGUUAGAAGCGCGAAAGCAUAUAUCCCCGGACUCCGGCUUCCCAAUCACCCUCCAUCCCCAUUUCAACGACAAGAUCAAGAAUCACGUCCCUCCGGAGCCACUUCGCGAACCAUUUACUCCGCCUACAGACCGAGCCUUUUUCGCGGACCCAGAGAAGAAAGCAUUGUUUUCUGUGGCAAAGCAAGUGGAUUUGACCGAGUCACUUGGAACAGUCCUAGAAAAUGUCCAGUUAUCCCAGUUAAAUGGCACCCAGCUUGAUGAGUUGGCACUUCUUGUUAAUGAACGGGGAGUUGUCUUCUUUCGUGAUCAGGAUCUUGAUACGGAGAAGCAGGUUGAAUUAUUUCAACACUAUGGAAUCCUGGAUAGACACCCUGCUCAAAAGGACCAAAAAUUCGUCAAUAUCCAAGGAAGUCGCGAGGAUCAUCGGAAAAUCCUUAGUUAUACCCCAUGGGCUAGUGGAGAUUUCCACGCCGAUACAUCUUUUGAGAUCAACCCUCCCUCAUAUUCUCUCCUGAGAAUGGAAGAACACCCCGAAGUCGGAGGUGACACAGCCUGGGUCUCUCAAUAUGGCCUUUAUGACACCUUAAGUGAUGCAUACAAAAGAUUCCUCGAUAGUCUCCAUGCCGUGCAUACGUCACGAUUGCAGUAUGAUACGAUCCUGGACUUGUGGGGCGCCGGUCCCAAUCGCCCUCCAAUCGAUACCCAUCACCCUGCCGUGCGAACACACCCAGUCACGAAACUCAAGGCACUGAACGUAAAUCCGGGUUUCGUGACUGGCUUUGCGGAGCUUAAGAAAGUGGAAUCUGAUAAGGUUCUCGAUUUUCUGGCAUAUCACAUCCACUCGGCGGAUGAUCAUUAUGUUCGUUGGAAGUGGGCUGUUGGCAGUGUGGCUAUGUGGGAUAAUCGGUGUACUCUCCAUCGAGUCAUCCCUGGUACCUACAAGGGACUGAGACGAGGUAUCAGAACUACUGUUUUUGGAGAACAGCCCUACUUUGAUCCAGAAAGCGAGAGUCGGGUGGCUCGCAAACUGCGUGAGGAAAUUGAGGAUGGCAAAAUAAGCCAUCUUACAUAG